UGACUUUUUUUGCUUCCAUCACGAUGGCAGAGCUCAAGCACGGAUCCCAUGAAUGUUUGUUGAUCUCGCCGGAGAUAGUUGUAGACGGCAUCUGCAACAUGUGCUACAAAGAUGAACCUGUGGAGUUUGCCUGCAACCCUUGUAACUUCGAUCUAUGUAAGGCUUGCUCAAAGAUACCACAAAAGGUGUCGCAUGAUUUUCACCCUGAGCACCCUCUAGAGUUUUGUGUAAGCAAAGAUGAUGGGAAAUCUUUAGACAUGCUCUGCUCUGGGUGUGGGAAUUUGUUUACUGAGCCCUUCUAUUACAAGUGUAAAAAAUGUGAAAUUUACUUGGAGCUGGGCUGUGGGGUUUUGAAGAACAUCGCUAAUGGUUGGAACGCUGAAGAAAUGCUCCAAUAUAGCCACGCCCACUUGAUUAGGAGAUGUAGACCAGGACGAAAUGUCAAAGGAUUUUGCCUUCUCUGUGAGCUUCCUCUUUCUCCCUCUGCAAUAUGUUACGGUUGCUUUCAAUGUUACUCAUUUGUUCACGAGCGCUGCCUUGAUUUCCUGAGAAAGAUUCAGCAUCAUGUGCAUCUGGCACACCCUCUCAUACGCCUUGAUUUCACACAUACUUGUGGUAGUGGAAAAUUGUGUGAUGCCUGCGGGCUUUAUAUCGAUGGUGCCCCUUUUGGUUGCCUUGAAUGCGGUUUUGAUCUUCACAUGAGGUGUGCAGAUUAUUUGUUGCGAGGUUUGAUACAUAAGUCUCAUCACCACAUAUUGUUUUAUGUAAAUACUGGUGCUCAAGACGUUUUUGGAGAGUAAACCCCAUGUCAAAUA